CUUUAAUUGAAAAUUUUCUAAUAACUUUACAUAUAUUUUUUAAUGGACGAAGACAAAAAUCGGGAACAGCGGUUGUCAAAGGCCACCACAGAAAGCGAGGACUGGGAUUCUGAUUUUAUUAGCUCUGUGGAUGACCUUUCUUCUUUUGAGAGUAACUCCCUUAAACAACUUGAAGACUAUGAUGACAUCGAAAGUGACUCUGAUGCCGGCAAGUCUACAGUUUCUCCGUUGUUAGAAGGCUGCUUUAAGAAAUUAAGUUUCUGGGAUGAUGGUAAUAAGACGCUUAAGGGAAAGUUAACUUCCGAGUCACAUGAUUCUCUCGCCGUUGGAACGUCCAAUCAGAGGACGCCCACCUGGAAGGAGGAAGAAUUUGGUAAGGAAUUGUCUUCACGCCUCAAUGGGGGCGCGGGAAGUAGAAAUCUCGGAGAAGAUGAGAGUGAUUUUGAAUGCUUAGCGCCCAUAAGCGUGCGCAGAUGGGCAACUUCGUUAAUUCACAUGCUUUUAAUACCUGUCAUGCUUGUUGAUUAG